AUGUUCGCCGGAGCGCGCGGAGACCCCACGCGCACUCUGCCGUCCGCGGAUGUCGAGGCUGAUGACGACGCUGCCGCGCCGGCCGCGCCUUUGCCGGCGCCGCCUUUCGCGCUGCUGACGCUGCCUUGCUUGAAAGCAUCAACGAUCGCCUUUCCGCGGAAGGAAACUUUCGGCGUGACUGACCCUCCAACAACGGCAUUCACGGACGAGCGAUCCGCGGGUGCGGGAGCAGGAGCGGGGCUAGCGCGGGGAGGAGCAGGGGAAGCGGAGGCAGCGGGGGAUGCGAACGGAGAGGCAGGGGUAGAAGUGGGGAGGCUUUUGGCGAACGACGAGGGGAAAGCCGUUGUGGGGGGAGGGGGAGGGGGAAGUGCGCUAUCGGUUGCUGCGGGUGGCGAUGCUGGUGCUUCAGCAGCGGAAGAGGCCGAUGCGCUGCUGGUUGCCGCCUUAGAAGCAGCUGCGGCGCGGGCUGCUAGCAAGGCGGAAAUCUUCUUUCCCGCGAAUGGGCUUGUAACGGAAGGCUUUUCCUCAGUUGCUGACGAUACUUCUGAUGCAGAGUCGUCGGCAGAUGCCGAGACGCGACGAAUCGCGACGGAUGCACGGCGGCUGAACUUCGACGCGCGGACGUGGCGGAGGGGAUCGAAUCCCGUGCCGCGGAGAGAGGCAAGGCGCGCAGAUGACGAGGAUGAGGAUCGCACCGCGUACGAAGACGCGUCUGAAGACUCCGCAUUUGAAGCAAAUCCAGCGGCGAGGCAGCGCACAGGAGUGGCGAGAAGGGAAGCCAUGGUGGAAGUGUGGACUGUGGAUAGCAAUGAAGCUAAACGAUUCCCCAAUGGUGAAUCGAAGGAGAGUCGGGGACAGAAUGAUGACGGGACUAACACUGCGAACGGCGGGGCUAUCCAGUAUGGUUCCAAGUUUAUCAGCGGUGGUGAACCUGGCGUUGCAGCCACUGUGGACAAAAACACCAGUUUAGCGAGAAAAGUUUUCAGGCUUUUGAAGUCCGUCAAUGAGAUCCAGAAUCUCCUUAGUCCUGCUCCCAAGACAACGCCUCUAUUCUUGGUGCUUCUCGGAAGGAUUAAGAGUGCUUUGCUGGCUACUUUCCUCGGCUUGGAUCAAGUCGUGUGGCUGGGUCGGUCUGGCAUUUAUCAGAACAAGGAACGAAGUGAUCUGAUUGCCAAGCUUUCCCUUCACUGUUGGAUGUCUAGCUGCGGUGUUGGCUCCAUCAUUGAGGUCUGUGAGCUAUAUCGGCUUUCCAUCACUUGUGCGAAGCUUAGCAAGGAAAUUCGUCGCGCUAAGGAGAAGAAGAACGCAACUGAGCAAGCCAAGCUGAAAGACCAAUUGCUAGCUGCUUUAGCGAAGGCACGACAGCGACAACUGAACUUUGUGAAGUCAACUACCGACAUUAUUGUUGCGAUUGGCCUGCUCCAGCUUGCACCAAAGACAGUCACACCCAGAGUCACGGGAGCACUGGGCUUUUUUACUUCGUUAAUCUCUUGUUACCAGCUCUUGCCAGCUGCGCCCAAACUUCUGGAUCGCUUUGUGGGCCCCACAUCCAUUCCCGCGAACGACCCGUUCUGGGAGAAGCUGCUGUCGUUCGCGUACCCGCUGCCCAAGAUGAAACCCGCGGACUUCGACGAGGCGACGAGAGAAGCAUGCACCACGCUAGCGCUGAACAACCGGCAGACGUACCAUUUCGGCAAGCUGCUGCUGCACAUGAUCCGCAGCCUGCAGCAGGUGCCCGCGAGCCCCGCGGAGAUGCCUCUCACGGCCAUCAACACGGUCUACUUCACGCGCCUCUUCGUGAAGCACCUGGUGGAGUAUUACGAUAGCCGCGAGAUCUGGGAGCAUCUUGUUAUCCACCUCUCGCCCGAGGAGGCGCGCGCUUUCGGCCGAGACGCAGGGCGCCAUGACCUGCUAGUGGAUACCGUGAGGUCCCUCCUAUCCUUCGUUGCACAUCAUGACGUCAGCGCCACCAAGUACUUGCUGCAUCUGGAGGCGGUGAAUCUGCUCAUUGUGAUGAUGUCCACUCAGCUGCACGCCUCGCCUGCUGUCGCGUUCAACACGGACGCUCACCUCUUUGUCGAGGCUGCCAUGAACCAGCAUGAUCUGGCAGUGCCAUUCGUCUCGCGGCUGCUGCACAUGUUUGUAGCGCGCAUGCCCGUCCCUCCCCGUGUGCCCUUCUACGUCGCUUCCCUCUCCACGCGUCAAGGCGUCCUGCGUCGCGUGGGCUCUGCAGCAGUAGCCGUCUUCCUCCUCCCCUACUACACCUACUCCUUCCUCGUCAGCUCCUCCUCCUCCUCCCUCUCCUCCUCUGCUGUUGCCAAGAGCCCGCUAGCUGAUAACGCGCUGCUGCUGCUGCUCGCGCUGGUACAUUAUGGGCCGUCGGUUCAGGUGCAAGGGUUAGCGGGAGAUGCUAAGGCGUUGGAGCAACGGUUGCAGGAUGGGUUGAACCUGCAAGAGGCACGGAUGGAUGGGAAGGACGGGCAAGGGACGAUGCAGCAACAGCAGCAGCAGGGUCAGCAGCAGAGCCAGCAACAAGAGCAACAGCAGCAGCAGCAGCAGCAGCAGCAAGGGAGGAAAGCGCGGUGGAAUCCAUACAAGUGGGCGAUCAACAGCGCGCGAGACGUGGACUUGGAGCCCAUUUUGAGUGCAGCAGAGACAGAGACAUCAGCAGCAGUUUACGGCACGCUCACUCCUUCCGGUGCCUCUGCUCCCUCUCCCAGAGCCACAUCCACAGCCACUGCCACAGGUGCAGGUGCAGGUGCGGGUAGUGGUAGUGGCAGCGGCACAGGGUCGUUGACAGGCUCUGGCAGGACCGGUGUGAUGGCUGCGGCUAGUGAUGUGGUUCGGAUUGCUUUCGCCUCACUGCAUGAUGCCCUGGGAUUGUGUUUGACUGACGACCGCGCGACUCUGCUGCUGUACUCGCUCAUCCAUGGCAACUCAGCCUUCCUGGACUAUUGCCUCGUGCGAUCAGAUCUUGACACCCUGAUCAUGCCGCUUCUGGAGAUGCUAUACAAUGCACCGCGCCGCACGUCCAACCAGAUGUACAUGCUGCUCAUCAUCCUCCUCAUCCUCUCGCAAGACGCCUCAUUCAACGCCAACGUCCAUAAGCUCAUCCUGUCCUCCGUGCCAUGGUACCAGGAGCGCCUGCUCUCCCGCAUCUCCCUGGGUUCGCUCAUGGUCAUCAUCCUCAUCCGCACCGUCAAAUACAACCUCUCCAAGCUCAGGGACAUCUACCUGCACACCAACUGCCUGGCCACACUCGCCAAUAUGGCGCCCCAUGCACACCACCUCAACGCCUACGCCUCACAGCGCCUCAUCAGCCUCUUUCACAUGCUCGCUCGCAAGUACACUAAGCUGUCAACAGCAGCAGCACACCCCAUGCCCAGCAAGACAGACUCGCAGGGCAACGCACAGGGGCGGCAAUCAGCAGAUCAGGAUGGGGAUGGUGCUGGUGAUGGGCAGCCCACAGAGCUGCACAUCUACACGGAUUUCCUCCGCAUAGUGCUCGAAAUCAUCAACGCCAUUCUCACCUACGCCCUUCCACGCAACCCCGAGGUGGUAUACGCAUUGCUGCACCGCCAGGAGCUCUUUGUGCCUUUCCGCAACCACCCCCGCUUCUGCGAGCUGCUGCAAAACAUAUUCACGGUGAUAGAUUUUUUCAACGUGCGCAUGGACGACCAUGAUGUGGAUGGUGACUGGUCCGUGGAGCGAGUGUUAGACGUGGUCAUUGCCAACGCGCGCACGUGGCGGGGCGAGGGCAUGCAGAUGUUCACAGAGCUCAAGUUUACAUACGAGGAGGAGAUGCAUCCGGAGGAGUUCUUUGUGCCGUACGUGUGGACGCUCGUGGUGGCUCACAGCGGCAUCCCCUGGAACCCCGACUGCAUCGCCAUGUUCCCCGUCCGCUCCUCCUCCUCCUCUGAGCAUUUGGAGGAUAUUUUCGAUGCUGAUGCUUUUGAUACACACUCUGAAAUGGGGCCCACGCCACGAGAGGAGGUUUGA